UAAGGCUGGCAACGCGUUCCAGCUGCGACCAGAUAACUGCGCUCAGCUGCACCAACAGUCAUCACAUCCAUAACUUACUUCUGAUUGCGCCAGGAGAGAACUUAGAAAGAGGCCCAGUUCAAACCAGACGGAUCCGAGUUUUUAUCAUCUGAUGAGUUCUUGCGGGUUCCCGUCAUUGCCGACUCAAGCGCUUGGUCGCCGAACAGACUUUGUGAGUUCGACAGUGCUGGUGAUGUAACGCUUCCCAUCUCAGAGCUCACUCCACCACUGUUGUCAUUCCAGCCUCUCCUGUCAGAGCAUGGGACCCUUCAAGCUCUAAAGCGAGAGCCAAUAGAGUCCAACCACAGAGAGGUAAACGAGGGGGAAAACGAAGAGGAAGGAAACGAUGGAGUCCAUAUUAUCAGAACAGUCUGCCACUGUGGACGAGCUGGUGGAAGCAUGCAUCAAAGCCUUUGAUAAGAAGGGCACUUUGAAGGAUGUGUCCUUGGUCCGCAUGUUCCUCAUGAUGCACCCUUGGUAUAUCCCUUCAACUGACUUGGCUAAGAAGCUUGUGCUCAAAUCUCAAGAGGAAGACUCCACUGCUGAGCGCCAAACACAAAUAUGCCACCUGGUCAAGUACUGGAUUUCUGAAUUUCCCGCAGAGUUCACUCUGAACCCGGAGCUGGCAGACCAGAUCAAAGACUAUAAAGACCUCUUGACCACCGAGGGCAACGAGAGCCAGAGUCAGCUCAUUGACUUGGACAGCGUGCCAUCAUAUAAAUGGAAGCGGCAGGUGACUCAGCGUGUCCCAUCUGUGUCCAAAAAGAGGAAAAUGUCCCUGCUGUUCGAUCACCUCGAUUCUUGUGAACUGGCUGAACACCUGACCUACCUGGAAUAUAAAUCCUUCUGCAAGAUCCUGUUUCAGGACUACCACAGCUUUGUGAUGCAUGGCUGCACGGUGGAUAACCCCAUCCUGGAGCGCUUCAUCACGCUCUUUAACAGCGUCUCACAGUGGAUCCAGCUUAUGGUGCUGAGCAAGCCCACCGCCCCACAGAGAGCCACCGUUAUCUCCCAUUUCAUCCGAGUGGCACAGAAACUGCUGCAGCUGCAGAACUUCAAUACACUGAUGGCAGUAGUGGGCGGCCUCAGCAACAGCUCCAUCUCUCGUCUCAAAGACACGCAGACCCACAUCAGUGCAGAGACCAACAAGGUUUUUAACAACUUAAUUGAACUGGUGACAUCAUGUGGCAACUACAGUCAAUACCGCAAGCGCUUUUCUGAGUGCUCCGGCUUCCGAUUCCCCAUUCUUGGUGUGCACCUGAAAGACCUGAUAGCUGUGCAUGUGGCGCUGCCCGACUGGGCCGACAAAGAGAAGACACGAGUCAACCUGGCAAAAACCCAGCAGCUCUACGCCAUCCUUCAAGAGCUGGCGCUCAUCCAGGCCACACCGCCUAACGUCGAUGCCAACACCGACCUGCUCAACUUACUUACAGUGUCUCUGGACCAGUAUCACACAGAAGAGGAGAUCUAUCAGAUGUCUCUACAGAGGGAACCACGCAAGCCAGUGCCGAACUCCAGCCCCGCCCCCGCACCUGAACCCAAGCCCACCAUGAUUGACGAGUGGGCCGUUUCAGUGAAGCCCAGCGCUGACCCAACGAUCAUCAAGAAACACAUAGAGAAGAUGGUGGAGUCCGUCUUCAAAAACUUUGACACGGAUGGUGAUGGAAACAUCUCCAGGGAUGAAUUUGAAGCAAUCAGGAACAACUUUCCAUACCUCAGCAAGUUCGGAGAACUGGACAAGAACCAAGACGGGAAGAUCAGCAGAGAAGAGAUGAUAGACUACUUUAUGAAAGCCAGCUCUCUGCUGAACUGCAAGAUGGGUUUCAUCCACACGUUUACCGAGACCACCUAUGUCAAGCCCACAUUCUGUGAACACUGUGCUGGCUUUAUAUGGGGCUUUUACAAGCAAGGCUACAAAUGUAAAGCCUGCGGGGUGAAUUGCCACAAGGCCUGCCGAAGCCGACUGGCUGUCGAGUGCCGGAAGAGGACCAAGAGCAUCAGCCAUGAAGCACCGCCAGCCCUCCAGGCUAGAUCCUACAGCUUCCCUCCUCCUGCUAACACCCCGCCCAGCCUGCAGAAUACUGUGAUUGCUGAGGAGGAUAUAGAGACAGUGGAGGAAGGAGUAUUUGAUGUCCAUCUAUAACCAGCAUUCACAGUAGCAUCAUCUGUCUGUCAGCGUAUGGCAGUCUUUGCAGGAGUCUUGAACUGAAGAGUGACAGACCUCAGCUCUUUAUUUCAGAAUCCCUCCUACGGUCGGUGUUCAAGAAGCCAAAUCAGCCACUUUCAAGAGCGAGACAGAGAAUGUGCUACAGCGUGCCAGAUUCCCAACUCUCUACACUGAUGAGAAAUUGCACUGAACACAAUCCAGGAUACCUACAUGCUGCCACACAGUGGACACAUUCUGCAACAGCACUCCUCUCCGCCUAACGCACAUGAAUGUGACGACCAGUGUGAAUGGAAUGUCUUUGUAUGAUUUCUAUGAAAAAGAUGUGCAUUUUGAUUCUGUGUCAGCCAUGAGUG